AUGUUCCCCACGCGAGCCCUCCUCAGCCGCUCCGUCUGGAAAGGCCCGAACAUCGUCCCCCUCCCCCUCCCGCGCAAACUGCCCGCUCCCCCGGGGACGCCGCCGAUCCGCACGCAGAAGCGCGCCGCGACCAUCCUGCCGAACUUCGUGGGGCUGAAGUUCUCGAUCCACAACGGCAAGACCUACCACGACGUGCUGAUUACCGAGGAGAUGGUGGGCCGGAAGCUGGGGGAGUUCGUGCCGACUCGCAAGCGUUUCACCUACAAGAUGUCCAAGAACAAAUAG